UCGAUCUCCCGCGUGUGAUCAUUUCUUUGCUCUGCGACAAGGGAUAAUUUCCUGAUUCAUUUAUACCCCCUAUUUUGAACACUCUCUUCUAUGUCUGCCUCACCAGUCCCAGAACCAGCGGUUGAGAAGCUGGGAUCUUCACUAGCGGGUACAUCUCUCCAAGAGUACGUGAUCCUCCCACCUAGCGCAAUACUAGAAGGAACGACAGACACAAAUGCCCCUAAUGCCCAAAUUUCCUCGCCCGAGCAAGUUGUUACACCAUGGGACGUACAAGGAAGCGUAUCUUCCGAUGGGAAGCAGCAAGCAAUCGAUUACGAUAAGCUCAUUGUCCAGUUUGGUACCCGAAAAAUAGACGACGCACUAUUGGAGAGGUUCGAAAAUUUGACUGGGAAGAAACCGCAUAUCUUUCUUCGGCGUGGAUUGUUUUUCUCGCAUAGAGAAUUUGACAAGCUUUUAGAUCGAUAUGAGCAGGGAAAACCCUUCUUUUUGUACACAGGACGUGGGCCCAGUAGCGACAGCAUGCAUCUUGGCCACAUGAUACCUUUCGUGUUUACAAAAUGGUUACAAGAUGUCUUUGACGUCCCGCUGGUGAUACAGCUUACAGACGACGAAAAAUUCCUAUUCAAACAAUCCCUAAAGCCGGAACAAACCAAAGCUUUCGGAAGGCAAAACGCUCGAGAUAUCAUCGCCGUUGGCUUCGACCUUUCAAAAACAUUCAUAUUUAGCAAUUAUGAUUACAUCUCCGGUCCCUUCUACGAGAACAUCUCAAAAGUCUCCCGGCAGAUCACUUACAGCCAAGCCAAAGCUACAUUCGGGUUCACCGACUCGGAUAACAUCGGUCGAAUUCACUUCGCCGCCAUCCAAUCCGCUCCUGCCUUCUCCAACUCGUUCCCACAUAUAUAUGGCACCGUCUCCAACAUCCCCUGUCUUAUUCCUUCAGCCAUCGACCAGGAUCCGUAUUUCCGUCUUACAAGAGACGUCGCGCAGAAACUCAAGUACCCGAAACCGAUGACGCUGUAUUCCAAAUUCUUCCCCGCGCUACAAGGAUCUCAGACCAAGAUGAGCGCCAGCGAUCCCAACUCGGCGAUCUACAUGAGCGACAAGCCGGCACAGAUCAAAAACAAGAUAAACAGACACGGAUUUUCUGGUGGCCAGGAGACGGAAGAGGAGCAUCGCCGGUUGGGCGGCAACACAGAUGUAGAUGUCAGUUAUCAAUACUUGGCAUGUCUGUUGGAGGAUGACGAUGAGCUUGCAAAGAUCGGAGAGGACUAUCGGGCGGGACGAUUGAUGACGGGACAGCUGAAAGCCAAGUGCAUAGAGGCUUUGCAAAAGUUCGUUGCAGGUUACCAGGAGAGGCGGGAAAAGGUCACAGACGAGAUCGUCUCGGCGUUCAUGGAUGCUAACAGAAAGAUAGUUCCUAUCAUGGGGAAGGCGCAGACCGCGAAUUAGAAAUAGAUCGGGAAGAAUACUAAAGUCUUGUGUAAAGCAAUUUUCUCAUUAAACGUCCAAGCUGGAUGUUUCGGAUACCUACUUACAGGUGCUUGCAUACUCCAGAUGCUUCCUUCCUAUAUACAAGGCGAUGUGUAUUCGUAACAAUGUCUUGACGUAAGUUGUAUUAAAGUAGCAAGAAGCAUAGUUUGCCACGGAAAGAACUGCCAUGUUUCGAGUCCCCACUUG